UAUCAAGCCGAAUGGAGAAACGUAAGAUUUCCAAACUUCGCGAGAGCGAAUUCUCAAAAAGCAGUCCUCCCUUCUCGCCAUCUAGUCCGCCCUUCUCACCACCUCGGGCAUCCGAUCACCUACUACGAUCAGGAAGCCCGAAUAUUUUGGUAUCUUCCCAAUCACCUGAGCGGAGGCGGCCGUCACAGAGAAGCUCACGCUACAGCGCUACACCAUGGUCUCCACCAAAAUCUAAUCCAUCCCCGGGCGUGUUUGACAAACCCUCAGCACAGUCCACUGCUCUUGCGCAGACUAACGCACAAGUAUCACCCGCGUUCCUCCAGUCCGAUCAAUCCGCUUUGCUCCAAGCGCCAAACCCAUCCUUACGCAGACCUGCGGUUCACGGUUGGGACAUUCGGUCGACCCACACAACACCCCGCUAUACCCUUGCACCACAACCCCUCCCGAUGAAAACGAAGCCUAGUUAUGGUAGUAGGAACCACGUUCAUCCAUUGACACCGAAUCACGCCAUACGGACCUCGCUGGGCUACGGCAUCGCAAAUAUUGGUGCAGGCUCUGCGCCUCGAGAGAUAGCUCCCUCUCUGACGAAAGCAGAAAAUCGCUAUAUGAAUCAAACAAUCUCGGCUGAUUACACUGGGGGCGACGACAUUGUGAUGAAAAUAAAACUAUGCGCCUUGGAUACAGGAUUGCAGCGUCGCCAUCACAGUCACGGAUUGGGUUCGCAUGCGAGCUUCGAGAGCAGUUCUACGUUCGGGUCUUCUGCCAUUCCUCGCUUCACACCUUCACCGAUCGAACGCAUUAGUCACCAGACAUACCAAGACCUCAGAAUCCGUAACGUAAGGCCAGGAUAUGGAAAUCGUUGAAAGCGUAGUAUAGUCGAGAAGCUUGGUGUCGCCCACGACGGGGCAUUUUGUAAAGACAGUGUCAUCGAUGGCGACAUCCGCUAGGCGGUUAUAAACUUCCGUUCCCAUUUGCAUCAUAAGCAUACGAGCGGUUGUGUGUUCUCCGGG